AUGCCCUUGCGUCUUCUGAUCAUGCAUGAGAUCGUGAAGCCGGUCAGGGUUGGAGAGAGAUUCGGAGAAGGUCCGGCUCUCCAUGCAUCAGUGAGCCCAGGCCAUGAGCUUAAGGAGCUCAUCAAGGAUGCUGAAGCUUCCCAUGUCUUGAUAUAUGGAAAACCAGGUGCUCGACCAUCUCCUUCUCGGCAGCCUCCAACUCUUCCUUCGUCUCGUACAACAUCGUCUAUAUACUCGCGGAGUGUAGCUGCCAUCAACCCAAACACAGAUCAUCAGAGACUGAUCAAAGAGACGCGAUGGGCGUAAACACGAUAUGCUUUUUGCAACGAUGGGCCCAAGUAGGGCAGGGGAUUAACCUAUCCCACCAGUUUCGGCUAUUGGAGUUGCCGCCGAUCCACGAUGCUGCAACUCCAUCUCAACCCUUCAAUUUAGGGUUCACUUCUGUUUUUCGUCUGUUAUACAUCGCAUGUUUCCUAGAUCCACCUUUGUGUUUUUGCCAUACGCACACCAACAGACACACAUAAAAGCAAGGACGAGCUUAAGCCUCUACCAAACUAAAAAAAAAAACUUCUUUUAUAUUCAUAUAACAUGAUUGAAUUUUUGAUAUUUUGUGCGAAUCCCUGUGCAAAAGCUUAUAUCAUCACAAUAAAGCAUAGGAAAAUAAAACAAAUUUCUAGGAUGGCCCAUGCAUGCAACAACAAUAAUAAGAAAAUUCGCCGCUACUUAGUGACAGAUUAAACCCAUCGUUGAUCGACUAUUUAGAGAUAGA